CUUGUUUCUCAAAAAGGCAAGAGGUGUGAGCAACACUUGAAAGAAAAGCCAAGUUCUACAGUGUGUAAAACACGAGCGUUGAGUGCCAUUCUGUGAGAGAGUGGAGUGAAACACGCAAGGGAGUGUUGUGAGGUCCUUUUUAUUCUUCUGUUUCUAACAUUUGUUGCAGUUUCAAUCAUGUCAAGCGGUGAUGACGAAUCAACCACUAGAGGCCACCAUGUGGAUGAAUCCUUCAAGCUCAAAGCAAUGCAACAACAAUUUCAGAGGCUGGACAUCAUGUUUGGUGAGAUUAAAGACAAAAUGGAGAAGCAAGAUGCAGCGAUAGCCAAGUUAUACCAAACACAUAAUAGAAGUCCGAAUUUGCGUAUGAAUGAUGCGAAUGAUGAUUUCGAUGACGAUUAUAAAGAUGCAUUCAACAAUGACGCCCAGAACUCAAAUUUCAGCAUGGACAGAUUUAUGAGAGGUAGAGGGGGUCAAAGACAUAGAUUUAACAAAGGAGACCAAAAUCUGGCAAGGUGGGGAGAUCGGCAAGAUCAUGACUUAGGUAGCAUCAAGAUGAAGAUUCCUCCAUUUCAAGGGAAAAAUGAUCCAGAUGUGUAUUUGGAGUGGGACAAGAAUGUGGAAUUGGUGUUUGAUUGCCAUAACUAUUUUGAGGAGAAUUAUUGAAUCUGAGAUUUUUUGAGAGACUUUUCUCUUUGGUUCGUUUCAGAACUUUACAGAACUUAUCAAGAUUAUUCUUGUGGCGUUCUAACCUGACUUAUCAUUCUCGUUCUUAAUCGUUUGAGGGUGUGGCGUCAACCAACUUUAUACCUCUAGUUCUUGUUGCGUCAUAGACAACGGAUCAAGGUUUUUACCUUUGGUUCUUGUUGUGACAUAAACAACGGGUCAAGGUCUUAUUAUAAACCUGAUUUAGCUUUCCUGGAGUUUAGAAAUCCCUUGUCGUGCUGUGGGUCUCAUUGUUCUCUUUGGGGUUCUCAUCACUUCUCUAUAAAGGAGUGCUAGGGACAUGCUCUCAAACACUCUCUUUUGAACACUUUCUAUGUGAUUGGGUCAUAUAGAACAUAAAUUUAAUGUGAUUGAUGAUCAGUGAUUAACAUUAAAGUUAAUGUUUUUAA